UAUCGCCAUUAUAUAUCCGAAUGCCGUUAUUCGCGCAUCGCAGAGACGCUUGGAACGUCUAUCGUUGAAUCCAGUCAGUUUUCUCAAUCCUCGCGGAGCCAUUGUCAAGGACAGCGGGCCGUUGACAACGUCGAUGCUUUCCACGGAGUUUUUCGGAAACAACUUUUCAAAACGCAGUUAUUUCACGACAAAUAUUUCAUAACAGUGUCACGCGGAAGAUAAAAAACGAAAUUGGGUCAAGAGGGAAUAAAACAACGAGAGUAUUAUAUUGUCAUUGAAGGGCAAUAUUACACGCGCCUCUCUGGACUCUGACCUGUUUAUCGAACUUUCUUCUCCGCUGCCUUCGAUACUCGAGGACGAAGAAACGGUGUAAUUAUCCUAGAAACGCUCAUCAGCGAGAUGGGUUAUCUGAAGUCGGCCGGCACCGCCGUCAUCUACAUCGGCCUCUUUUUGGCUGUCAUCACAUUUAUUCCCGGUUUACCACCGGACACGGAAUUCCGGGAGUACAGUUUUGUGGAACCGCGCGAUGUAGACCCUAAACUAGGCCCGAAGAAUCGAUUGAGCAAUGCCCAAAGGCUGUUCGAAGGCAAAUUUCUCGGUCCGGAAGCGUUGGCUGUCUACAACGGUCAACUCUACACCGGCGUUUACGACGGUUACAUUCUGAGGAUCGAGGAGGACGACUUUGUACCGGUUGCCAAAUUUGGCAAAAAGUGCGAUGGCAUAUGGCAAGAGCACAAAUGUGGCAGACCAUUAGGAUUGAAAUUUGAUAAGAAGGGCAAUUUAUACGUAAUAGAUGCUUAUUAUGGAAUUUUCAAAGUAAAUGUUGCAACUGGAGAGUACAAAAACAUAGUGAACAUUUCUAAACCGAUCGACGGGAAAUUUCCAUUAUUUCCUAAUAGUAUAGAUAUAACGGAGAAUGGAGAUCUUUAUUGGACUGUUAGCAGUACAGACUUCGCUCUUUACGACAUAGUGCAGUCGUUUUUUGCAAAUCCAUCGGGGAGGCUUAUACAUUAUAAUGCAGCUAAAAAGAAGAACGAAGUAUUGCUGGAAAAUCUUGCAUUUGCAAACGGAGUUAUACUAAGUGACGACGAAAGUUUCAUACUUGUGGCAGAAACGCUAGCAUGCCGUAUCAUAAAGUACCAUUUGAAAGGACCAAAAGCAGGUCAGCAUGAGAUCUUCAUCGAGGGCUUGCCAGGUUCACCAGACAAUCUUCAUAGUGAUGGUCAAGGUGGUUUCCUCGUGACUACAAUUGUUAUUAUAGACUCUGAGCAUCCUCAACUUAGUACCACUCUUGCACCACAUCCAUAUUUAAGAAAAAUGAUUGUGCGAUUGUUAUUGAUGAUGGAAUUACCAUUUAAACUGUUGCAUGAUAUUUAUCCCAGUAUCUUUACGGAGAAAGCUUUGCAUGCAAUUGGAUCAUAUCAUAUCAUGGGAAAUCUAUUUAAUAAUAUUGACAAAAGUUUUGUAUUGAGAAUAGAUGCAUUGGGUAAUAUUAUGGAAGUCCUUUUUUCGGACGAUAACACAAUCAGUGGUAUUAGUGAAGCUUUUAUACAUAAUGGCUUUGUAUGGUUUGCCAGUCCAUGGCGAAAUUACCUCGCAAGAGUUCCGUUAAAACAAGCUUUCCCUGACCUAGCUAACAAUGAAAAGCAAUCUUCUUGUACAAGAAGUGAGAAUGCUGCCGCUUCGAAUGUAAAGUCAGAAAGAGCGAAGCGAGAUACGAUAUCAACAUUUGCACCAACUACAUCUAAACCAACUCCCACUCCUACGACAACGCCUAAAUCAAUCGAUGCUCCGACAACAUCUAAGCCAACUACCAUGUCAAAACCAUCCUCAACUCCUAAAGUACAUAAACCUACUACUACGCGCAAUAAUAAUGCAAAAUCGUCGGAUGUUAAACCAACUUCGACAUCUGCGAAUGCUGAAGUAAAGAAGAAGAGUACAGAAACAGUUAGCGACGCAAAACUUAAUACGAAAUCAAAUUCGCCGAAUGCGAAAUCCGAAACAGAUAAUAAAAAUGAGGAUGUUGGAAAGAAAAAUAUUAAAUCUGGAAAGAUUAAAGAAAAAGUACAGAAAUCACUUCCUGAGAAGAGUAAACCGGUAGAAGCAAAACGUCCAAGAGACGAUCUCUAAUAAAAGAAUAAAUAAACGAUGAUGCAUUGUGAUACCAUCAAUACUUGUUGAAAAGGUACAUUCCAUUUUUCAGAUAUUUCAAUGCAAAAUAAGUUCAUGGUUAUAGAUUAUAUCGAUUUUUCAUAGUAAUUUGUUUUAAAUACAAUUAUAUCAAAUUUGUUGUUAUAUUAUAUCCAAGUCAUGUACGAUUAAUUAUGUAUGUACAAGAUGAUCGAUUAUCAAUAAUACAAUCGGAAAGAUAAUUAUCUUAAUAAUUUUAUAUUGAAAAAUAAUUUACUUGUAAGAAUUUGUUUUACAUACGAGAUUCUGUUUUUAAGGAAAUCAAAACUAUCUUUGUCACACUUUUUUGUGAUACCAUAAUUUUUAAUUGCAUUGCAACAUAAAUUAUUCAAUUUACAUAUUACAUAUUAGGAUGUUAAUUCGUAUAUAUACAAAAUCAUAUAAAUAAAAGUUAAGGUUACAUAUAUUACAAAAUAUAUUAAGAUUAUCAUUUUUUCAAGUAGUGUAUUCUAUUUUCAUUUGCACACACACAUAUAUAUAUAUUCUGUUGAUAAAAAGAAAGAAAUCCGCUGUUGAAUUAAUGAGAUCAAUAAAAAUCAUACAAGUCUAACAUUCAAAUAAAGAAAAUAUUAAGAUAUAAAAGAUUUUUAAUAAUUUUCCAAUUUUUCAACUCAAUUUUUUUAAAACAAAUAUAAAUACAUUUUGUUGUACUUUUUUUUAGAUUUACUUUAUGUGGAAUCAUUCCAUUUUUCCGAUUGUACUAUCAACAAUUAUUUAUCUUGUGUGCAUUCCAUAAUGGAAUGAAAUAACGCAACAAUACACUGGAAGAUUUAACAGCUUUAUUAAAUGAUUAUAAGAAUAAAAGUUUAAAAAAUUCUUACAUGUUAAAGAGUGAUGUAUAGAUAUAAAGUUGAAAGUAUUGCUCUGACAUAUUUUCUUAUAUUUUCGACGAUAUAUACUAAUUUCAUAGUAUAUAUUAAUUUUCAUUUAUAUAUCUGGAUUGUGUAUUCCCAGAUUCUUAUAAUAAUAUAUGAAAAGAAUUAUUUUUGUCUUUGUUUUGUUUUUUGUUCUUUUUUUUUUCGCGGCGUUAGUUGCUUUGUGAGCAUUACUUCUAUCUUUCGUCUUUCAAUUUCAGACUCGAAUAUUAGGAUUAUAUUAAAAUAAUUAAACCAGUAACAUAAAUCUAUAAGAAAGAGUUAAUAAUAUAUUAAAUUAUCUAAGUUUUAUUUUGCAUUUCUAUUUGUGCAAUAAACAAUCUUGAAUUAAGUUUAUGCUUAUUAUUUUUAUAUCUUCAUUUACAAUAUAUCGAAAAUAUUCACAAGAACACAAUUUAUGUAAGUUAUGCAUAACUGAAUAAAUCUCGGAAUGAUACUGAUAUAUGAUAAAGGACUGAUAAUGAAUAUUUUUGUUAAGUUGUGUGUGUGGGAUGGCAAAUAUGAAUUAUAAUAACUUUAUUAUAUAUGUUAUAUGGUGUCAGGUGUGAAAUGUAUGAUAAUUAUAAGAAUUCUAUAGUUUAGCAAAAUUAUAUAAAUAAAAACAAAUUUUUAUCAAAUUUGUAUGAAACAAAUUGUGAUAUUCAAAAAGAGAGCUCGAGGCAGAAAAUUUAAAAAGAGAUGUAAAAAUUUAUUUUUACUGGAAUCUAUAAACUUAUGUUUUAUCUGAAUGUUAAUAUGAACAUCCUCUUAAUGAAACACGUUGAAAAUUAUUAAAAUAAUUUUUAUUAUAAAAAAAAAAA